AUGCAAAGCACCGCCAACUACCUGUGGCACACGAAUGACCUGCUGGGCCAGGGGGCUACCGCCAGUGUGUACAAGGCUCGCAACAAGAAAUCUGGGGAGCUGGUUGCUGUGAAGGUCUUCAACAAUGCCAGCUACCUUCGGCCCCCUGAGGUGCAGGUGCGGGAGUUUGAGGUGCUGCGGAAACUGAGCCACCAGAACAUCGUCAAGCUGUUCGCAGUGGAGGAGACGGGAGGCAGCCGGCAGAAGGUUCUGGUGAUGGAGUACUGCUCCAGCGGGAGCCUGCUGAGCGUGCUCGAGAGCCCGGAGAACGCCUUCGGGCUGCCUGAGGACGAGUUCCUGGUGGUGCUGCGCUGUGUGGUGGCUGGCAUGAACCACCUGCGUGAGAAUGGCAUCGUCCACCGGGACAUCAAGCCUGGGAACAUCAUGCGUCUCGUGGGCGACGAGGGCCAGAGCAUCUACAAACUGACAGACUUCGGGGCCGCCCGGGAGCUGGAUGAUGAUGAGAAGUUCAUCUCGGUCUAUGGGACUGAGGAAUACCUGCACCCCGACAUGUAUGAGCGGGCGGUCCUUCGAAAGCCCCAGCAGAAGACGUUUGGGGUGACAGUGGACCUCUGGAGCAUCGGGGUGACCCUGUACCAUGCGGCCACCGGCAGCCUGCCCUUCACCCCCUUUGGUGGGCCGCGGCGCAACAAGGAGAUCAUGUACCGGAUUACCACAGAGAAGCCGGCUGGAGCCAUUGCAGGGACUCAACGGCUGGAAAAUGGGCCUCUCGAGUGGAGCUACACACUCCCCAUUACCUGCCGGCUGUCUGUGGGGCUGCAGAACCAGCUGGUGCCCAUCCUGGCCAACAUCCUGGAGGUGGAGCAGGCCAAGUGCUGGGGCUUCGACCAGUUCUUCGCGGAGACCAGCGACAUCCUGCAGCGUGUCGUGGUCCACGUUUUCUCGCUGUCCCAGGCAGUCCUGCAUCACGUCUACAUCCACGCCCACAACACGAUUGCCAUCUUUCUGGAGGCCGUUUACAAGCAGACGAGUGUGGCUCCCCAGAACCAGGAGUACCUCUUUGAGGGCCACCUCUGUGUCCUCGAGCCCAGCCUCUCAGCCCAGCACAUCACCCACACCACAGCAAGCAGCCCCCUGACCCUGUUCAGCAUGGCCAGCGAGACCCCCAAGGGGCUGCCCUUCAGGGACCCUGCUCUGGACAUCCCCAAGUUUGUCCCCAAAGUGGACCUACAGGCCGAUUACAGCACUGCCAAGGGUGUGCUGGGCGCUGGCUACCAGGCCCUGCGGCUCGCACAGACCCUGCUGGAUGGGCAGGAGAUGAUGCUUCGGGGACUGCACUGGGUGGGUGAGGUGCUUCAGGCCACAUGCAGGCGGACGCUGGAGGUCACGCGCACAGCCCUCCUCUUCCUUGGCAGCAGCCUGGGCACUGAGAGGUUCACCGGCGUGGCUGGGAGGCCUGACACGCAGGAGCUGAACGGGGUCGCAGAUCUGAGGUCCAGGCUGCGGACUCUGGCUGAGGUCCUCUCCAGAUGUGCCCAGAACAUCACAGAGACCCAAACAAGCCUGAGAAGCCUGAGCUUGGAGCUGGCGAAGAACCGGGAUCAGGUACAUGAGGACAGAAGCAUCCAGCAGAUUCAGUGUUGUUUAGACAAGAUGUACUUCAUCUACACACAGUUCAAGAAAUCCAGAAUGAGACCAGGGCUUGGCUACAACGAGGAGCAGAUCCACAAGCUGGAUAAAGUGAAUUUCAGCCAUUUAGCCAAGAGGCUGCUGCAGGUGUUCCAGGAGGAGCGUGUGCAGAAGUAUCAGGCGGCCCUGGUCACACACGGCAAGCGCAUGAGGAUGGUGCAUGAGACCAGGAACCACUUGCGCCUUGUCGGCUGCUCCGUGGCUGCCUGCAACACGGAAGCCCAGGGGGCGCAGGAGAACCUCAGCAAGCAUGCAGGAGCUUCACAAGGAGAUGAAGCUGCUGGCCUUUGA